GCCUCUGUUUCCGGCCCUUAGCUUAGCUUGCUAGCUGUGAGCAGCAGCGUUCGUGUCUGUGACUCUUUGGUUCUUUUGUUGUUUUGUGACGGAGUUUGUUUUAGAAAAAGUUGGUGUCGUUGUGUGAAAAUGUCUAAAGUCCAAAUGCUGAGAGCGUUGGUGAAGCAGCGACUAACUGCGGCUGCUGAUGAGAUAUUUGGGCUGUUUGAAAGAACCAUAGCAGAGUACGAGGAGGAACUUUGUCGUUCCAAAGAGGAGAACCACCGACAGCGACACCUGCUGGACGCCGUCUUUAACCCUGAUGUCAAUUUGCACGUAUCAGAUAUGCAGCACCUGUUGGUGGGUCAAGAACAGGUUCCUCCUGAGCAGCAGUACUGGAGCUCCAGGCUGGAUCAGGAGGAUCCGGAUCUCCCACACAUUAAAGAGGAGCAGGAAGAACUCUGGACCAGCCAGGAGGGAGAACAUGUUCCAGAACUACAGGAGGAUGAUGUCACCAAGUUCCCAGUGACUAGUGUCCUGGCGGAGAGUGAAAAUGAUGAAGAGAAACCUCAGUCCUCACAGCUUCCUCAGAGUACAACAGAGGGGAACAAACACUCACUUGAACACAGAAGAACAGGAUCUGUAGGAGCUGACUGUGGGGGACCAGAACCAGACACAAACUUGUAUUCAGACCCUUAUUUACAGCCCCUGACUGAUGACUUGGCCUCAGAGUCGUCUGACGUUUGGACUGAACACAGCGACGACUGGACAGAAACCAGUGAACAACAGGCGAGUUUGAAGACUCCGACAUGUCACGUAGUUGCUGUAAAUGAUAAGAGACUUAAACUGGGUGAGAAACGAUUCAGCUGCUCAGAGUGCGGCAAAGGAUUUGGUUAUAGGAGCGAGUUGAGCGUCCACAUGAGAAGUCAUACAGGAGAGAAACCAUUCCCAUGCUCCAAUUGUGGUAAAUCGUACCGCUACAAAAGUCAUCUGAACAGACACAUGAUCGUUCAUCGCGCAGUACGGCAAAUGAGCUGCUCAACGUGCAACAAAACCUUCAGACACAAGAUCAGUCUGAAGAAACAUCUGAAAAUUCACGUCAACGAUCAACCGUUUGUGUCCUCGUUCAUCGCUGGAGAUCCGUUCAUGAGUCCACUUUAAGGCACGUCGUGUAGAGGACAUUUACAGCCGCACACAAGCCCGCUGAAUGUUAAUGUGUAUAAAACAAGCGCCGCGCUGACGCCGCUCAUACGGGUGCAGUAGAUUUUACAAUAGGGGGAUUGAAUAUCUGCCAUAUUGGAUUUUGAUCAUGCAGGGGAUUGUGGGAAAUGUGUGCCUGCUGUGGAUGCACGGACACGUGCAGGAAGUAAACAAAAGGCUCAGAAUGCCGGAGGUUACUUGUUGUGUCCCUGGAUGCUAAAUAACCAUCUCAGGGAUAAACAUGUGAACUUCUAUGUUUUUCCUAAGAAUCCAGCACUUGGAAGCAGCUGGAGUCAUAAUAUUAGGAGGACUGGAAAUAAGAGGAAGUUUAGUAAGUUCAAGCUGACAUCAACCCACUGAGUCUGCAGCAGCAAAAGGGUGAUUCUUAGACUACGGGCACUUAUUAUGUCCUUUGAUCAUAUUGUAUGAAAAACAGAAAAAAGGGGAAAUUUCACACUUUUAUAGUUAUCUUUA